UCAUGUUAACAUUUUAAUGUUGAAUUAUUUUCUUGUUAUCAAACAGCAGGUUCAUCCUCCGAAGAAGAAGCAUCGUCGGACUUCAAAUGGCGGACAUGUUCUCUCGCUGGGCACGCGUGGUGACCUUCGCGAGCCUCCUGCUCGCCGUCUUAAGCGCUUUGCAGCGUCUUGAUGUCUCUGCUGGAACAGGGACGGUGGGCACCGGUAUCUUCGAGAAUCUCUGCAACGACAUGGUAUUGCGAAAUCAGGAGAGGUUUAUCUCUGAAAACAGGGCAUUAUUUUCGAAAGAAGCUAUGAGAAAUGUUUCCUGUCUCAAAAGUGCACUGCAAUUCUUCGAUAUAGACUUUUUUGAUGAUUCGGAGGUGAAAGAAAUGGCGAAGGGUGCGGAGGAGCACAACAUCCCUGCUUUUCAAUUCAACAGGAAGCUGGUUGCUUCAGUUAAUGGUGGUCUGCGUGAUCCAUCCGUUUUAGUCUUCAACCCAGAGUCACGUAGAACUAAUGAAUUGCCAACCAAGAUGGGAGGAUUUGAUUAUCCUAACUCUUUUGGUGUAAGAAGACCUAAGAAGGAAGAUGACAUUGCGUACAUGAGUGUUCUAGAGUUAGGAGAACUGAUAAGAACAAAGCAAAUUACGUCCCAGGAGCUUACCGACAUCUUUCUCCAGAGAUUAAAGCGGUAUGGUCCUGUUCUGGAAGCUGUGGUCUCAUAUACUGAAGAGCUAGCCUAUAGUCAGGCAAAGAAAGCUGAUGAAUUACUUGGCCAGGGUGUUUAUUUAAGUCCUCUUCACGGUAUACCCUAUGGCCUAAAGGACAUAAUUGCAGUUCCACAUUAUAGGACAACAUGGGGGUCGACAACAUUUAGGAACCAAGUUCUUGACAUGGAAGCUUGGGUAUACAAGAGACUAAAAUCUUCUGGUGCUGUUCUUGUAGCAAAGCUUGUUACAGGAUCACUUGCAUACGAUGAUAUCUGGUUUGGCGGAAGGACAAGGAACCCAUGGAACAUUGAUGAAUUUUCAACUGGCUCUUCUGCUGGACCUGCUGCAAGUACUUCAGCAGGCCUAGUGCCAUUUGCAAUAGGUUCAGAGACAGCUGGUUCCAUAACAUAUCCAGCUGCUCGUUGUGGAGUUACAGCAAUACGACCAACCUUUGGAAUGAUUGGUCGCACUGGAGUCAUGAGCAUUUCUGAAAGCUUGGACAAACUUGGUCCAUUCUGCAGAAGUGCCUUGGACUGUGCGGUGCUUCUGGAUAUAAUCCGGGGGAAGGAUCCAGAGGAUCUUUCUUCAAGAAUUAUACAUCUUGAGGAUCCUUUUUCGAUUGAUAUCUCAAAACUUACGGUUGGGUAUCUUGAGGAUGCUGAAAUGGAGGUAGUUCAUGUCCUUGCUUCAAAAGGGGUGAAUGUAGUUCCAUUUAAGCUAAACUACUCGGUGGAGUCUGUUCAGUCCAUACUGAACAUUACUAUGGACGUUGAUAUGUUAAGUCAUUUUGAUGAGUGGCAACGUGCAAGAGAUGAUAAGAAGUAUGAAGCUCCAGAUGAAUGGCCUGUGGAACUGCGCCGUGCACGUCUCAUUCCUGCUGUGGACUACUUGCAGGCACAGCGGGCACGAGGUAGGUUGAUUAAGGAGAUCCAGGAGAGCUUUACAGUCGAUGCAUUUAUAGGAAAUGCUACUGACUGGGAGAAAGUUUGUCUCGGCAACCUGGUGGGAAUGCCAGUAGUGGUUGUCCCAACUGGAUUCAAGAAUAUCACGGAUCCACCAAAAAGUGGCACAAGGCGUCGAACUACCAUCACAACUGGCAUAUAUGCACCACCUAAUCAUGAUUCUGUGGCCUUAGCAUUGGCAAUGGCUUAUCAGUCGGUCACGGACCACCACAAACAACGCCCACCUAUUGAUGAUCUUGGACCAGGAGAUCAGCUUGAAGUCCACCAGUAGGUUAAUUUAUAUCAUCGUAGUUGUUGGUGAAGGCAACCAUCUACUUAUUUGUCCUGUGAUGGGUUCUGGCGGGCAAAUGCGGUAGUUUAUUAGGGACGACGACUCCGUCGGAAUGGUCCAUCUCCCCUCCGGCAGUGGAUUCGUUUUGUGCUUGCCUUUUGUUUGUCGGAGAUUUAGAGGCUACAUUCGUUCAAGGUGCUUAUCUUGUUGAAGCAUCCGCUGAAGAAGAAUGGAGAGCGUAUCCCGAUUAAAACAAAUGUAUAAUGGCAUGUAAAAAGAAUUUCAAUAAAAUUUUUUACUUUUCUGCA